ACUCAUCCAGCCACCCUACGGCCAUCCACGCCGGUCCUGCAGAGCUCCGCCUGGUGAACGGCCCAAACCGCUGCUCUGGAAGAGUAGAGGUGAUGCACGACCACCAGUGGGGAACCGUGUGCGAUGACAACUGGAGCUUCUACGACGCCAACGUGGUGUGCCGGCAGCUGGGCUGUGGGACGGCAGUCUCAGCCCAUGGCGCAGCUCGCUAUGGCCCAGGAUCGGGCCCCAUUUGGCUGGACAACGUUGAGUGCAGUGGGACGGAAGCUGCCCUGUCCGAAUGCCCGGCCAGACCUUGGGGUGUCAACAACUGUGAACAUACAGAAGAUGCCAGCGUUGUGUGCACAGCCACCAACACACCAGCUCGUCUGCGCCUGGAGAAUGGCCCCAGCCGCUGCGCGGGGCGCGUGGAGGUGCUCCAUCACCAUCAGUGGGGGACAGUGUGCGACAACGGCUGGAGCCUGCAAGAGGCAACGGUGGUCUGCCGGCAGCUGGGCUGCGGAACGGCUGUCUUGGCCCCAGGCUUGGCUCACUUUGGGCAAGGGUCCGGCCGCAUCUGGCUGGAUGACGUGAACUGCACGGGGACAGAAGCCGCCCUCUCUGAAUGCCAGGCCAGACCGUGGGGAUCCAACAGCUGUGACCACCAGAAAGAUGCUGGUGUGGUGUGCUCAGGUGAUCCACGUUACUCAGGAUAACGCCCGCUGCGGCUGGUGAAUGGCUCAAACAGCUGCCUGGGGAGAGUUGAGGUCUUUCACGACCAGAAGUGGGGGACCGUGUGCGAUGACAGCUGGGACCUGCUGGACGCCGCCGUCGUCUGCAGGCAGCUGGGCUGUGGGGUGGCACUGUCAGCACCGGGCUCAGCUCAUUUCGGGCAAGGGUCAGAUCCCAUCUGGCUGGACGAUGUGAAUUGCGCAGGGACCGAGUCCACCCUCACCGACUGUCAGCUGAACAACUGGGGAGAGCACAACUGUGGCCACAUAGAGGAUGCUGGUGUGGUGUGCUCAGGUAACAGCAGGCUGCAGGGACCGGGAUGGGUGAAUGGUCCUGGUCCCUGCGCGGGGCAGGUGGAAGUGCUCUACAACGCUACCUGGCACGGGGUGUGCAGCAGCGGCUGGGGCCUGCUGGAAGCCGAGGUGGUCUGCAAGCAGCUGGGCUGCGGGCCAGCCCAGUCGGCACCCAUCGGAGCCCAGCUCAGCCGGGGGAACGGCCGUGCCUUGCUGGAGGGGCUGAGCUGCCGGGGGACCGAGUCGCUGCUCCUGGAGUGCCAGCAGAAAGAGAUGGGGCUGGGGCUGUGCCGGCAGGGCUCGGCAGCCGGCGUGGUGUGCACAGAGCAGAAAGGCACAGCCGCUGGGAGUCCAGGGGGGUUCCUUCGCCUGGCAGGUGGCCCUGGCCGCUGUGCUGGGCGGGUGGAGGUGUUCCACAAUGGGACAUGGGGUACAGUGUGCGACGACAGCUGGGGUUCCCGCGAGGGCCGAGUCGUAUGUCGGCAGCUGGGCUGCGGGACAGUGCUGUCGGUGGCACCAGGAGCUCGGUACGGAGAAGGGACGGGACAGAUCUGGUUGGACGAAGUCAACUGCACCGGGGAGGAAAGGGACCUCUCCGAAUGCCAAGCCAAGCCAUGGGGUGAACACAACUGUCAUCACGUGGAGGACGUCAGUGUUGAGUGCUCAGGUAGCCCGAGACAGCAGCCCCUCCAGCUGCUCAACGGCCCCAACCGCUGCGCCGGGAGGGUGGAGGUGCUCCACAAUCACAUGUGGGGGACAGUCUGUGACGACGGCUGGGACCUGGUGGACGCAACGGUAGUGUGUCGGCAGCUGGGCUGCGGCACGGCACUGUUUGCCACCAGUGGGGCUCGCUUUGGGAGGGGCAACGGUCCCAUCUGGCUGGAUGAGGUGAACUGCACCGGCACCGAGGAGACCCUCUUCAACUGCAGGGCCAGCGCGUGGGGGGACAACAACUGCUUCCAUGGGGAGGAUGCUGGAGUGAUAUGUUCAGCUCCGCAGGUGUCUGUGGCUGCCGAGCUCCGCCUGGCCAACGGUUCAACGCGCUGCAACGGCAGGGUGGAGGGCACCCACAGGGCAGCCCUGUGUGAUGAGGGCUGGGGUCUGGCUGAGGCUCAAGUGGUGUGCAGGCAGCUGGGGUGUGGGAGAGCGCUGUCGGCACCCGGCGGGUCGCAUUUUGGGCAAGGACCCGGGCAAAUGUGGCCCAACAGCAUGAGCUGCCUGGGCACGGAGAUUUCCCUCACUGUGUGCAAGGCGAAGCCCUGGGGCAACAACACUUGUCACCAUGGGAGAGAAGCUGGCGUGGUGUGUGCAGGUAACUCAGAGGGCGACGAGGUCCGGCUGGGGAACCAUGGCAGCCGCUGCGCUGGCAGGGUCGAAGUCUUCCAUAACAAGCACUGGGGGACCGUGUGCGAUGACAACUGGGACCUGCUGGAUGCCGAGGUCGUCUGUCGGCAGCUGGGCUGUGGACGAGCGCUUUCAGCCCCCGGGGGGGGUCAGUUCGGACGUGGGGAGGGCAUCAUCUGGAUGGAUGAGACAAACUGCACAGGGAUGGAGAGUACACUGACGGCUUGCCGGGCCCGGCCAUGGGGCAUCAAUAAUUGCUACCACGGGGAAGAUGCUGGCGUGGUUUGCUCAGGUGACCAAUGCUCCUUCAGCAUUGCUCCACGUAAGGUGGCGGGAGGGGAGGGGGGUGUGUCAUGA